UAUAAAAAUAGGAGUAGCCAUAUUAUUUGGUUUGUAUCAUCUCUCCUUUUGGUUGUUUGCUUUAUUCCCUAUUUUUGGUCUGUGUGUGAAAGAUUCAUACAUAUAUAUAUUGUUAGCCUCUAAAAAUGGGAGAUAAAAGCAAGAUUUUGUUUGUUGGAGGCACUGGCUAUAUUGGUAAGUUCAUUGUGGAGGCAAGUGCUAAGGCUGGAAAUCCAACCUAUCUUCUUGUUAGAGAGUCCACUCUUUCUGAUCCAGCCAAAUCUGACCUCCUCAACAAGUUCAAGAGCUUGGGAGUCUUUUUUGCCAUUGGUGAUUUGUAUGAUCAUGAAAGUCUAGUUAAGGCUAUAAAAGAGGUGGAUGUGGUGAUUUCCACCGUUGGUGCUGGUCAAUUGGCCGAUCAAGUUAAGCUCAUUGAUGCCAUCAAAGAGGCUGGCAAUGUUAAGAGAUUUCUGCCAUCGGAAUUUGGAAAUGAUGUGGAUCGUAGUAAUGCUGUGGAGCCAGCAAAAUCAGUAUUUGGUAUAAAGGUUGGAAUCCGUCGGGCUACAGAGGCAGCAGGAAUUCCCUACACUUAUGUUUCUUCCAACUUCUUUGAUGGCUACUUCCUUCCUUCCUUGUCUCAACCAGGAGCUACCUCUCCCCCAAGAGAUAAAAUUGUUAUCUUAGGGGAUGGAACUGCACAAUCAAUAUUCAACAAGGAAGAUGACAUUGGAGCUUAUACAAUCAAAGCUGUGGAUGAUCCAAGAACUUUGAACAAGACCCUUUACAUUAGACCAGCUGGUAACAUCUACUCUUUCAAUGAUCUCGUUGCUCUUUGGGAGAAAAAAAUUGGAAAAUCUGUUGAGAAAAUCUAUGUUCCUGAGGAACAAGUCUUGAAGAACAUCGAAGAGGCUCCACUUCCUUUGAAUGUGAUAUUAGCAAUUUCUCACUCAGCAUUUGUGAAGGGAGAUCAUACUAACUUUGAAAUUGAAGCAUCAUUUGGAGUGGAAGCUACAAAAUUGUAUCCAGAAGUUAAAUAUACCAGUGUGGAUGAAUAUCUUGAUCAGUUUGUUUAGAGAUUGUGGAGGAAAAAUAAGAAUAAAGUCUUGUGUGCUAGUGUUUAAAUUGAACAUUAAGGAAGGGAAAUAAAGGGUUUCAAAGUUGACAUGGGGAAAUUGAAAAUUGGUUACAAUGUUAGUAGUAGUAGUUUCAUAAAACAUUGUUGUUUCAUGUUGUUGUAUUUUCUGAUUUUCGUAAUGUAUUGCUAUGUAUUUUCUUCA